AUGGGCCUGCUCACGUUCCUCGGCCUGCGCCGGGAGCACCAGUGGGAGCGCCUCACCCUCCUCGACCAGCUCCUCCUCUCGCCAUUGACCUUCAUCACCAUCAGGCUCUACCACAUCCUGCUCUUCCUCCGUGGCCGCCCCUUUGUCCCGCCCCGUAACAGACCGCCCAUUCGCGUCGUCUGCAUAUCCGACACGCACGACCAAUUCGUCGACAUUCCUCAUGGCGACAUUCUCAUCCACGCCGGCGACUUGACCAAUUCCGGGACCGCUGCCGACAUCCAGAAGCAGAUCGACUGGCUGAAGAGCCAGCCUCAUCAGGUGAAAAUUGUCGUUGCCGGAAAUCACGACAGUUGGUUCGAUUCGCGAAGCCGUCUUGACUCGGACGUCAAAUCUAGUGCCACGGUAAACCUGGAUGGACUGCAUUAUCUCGAGAGCGGCCUGACUGUGCAGGAAGUCAAGGGCCGGAAGCUCACUCUGUUUGGCGUACCGGAUAUCCCAGAGUGUGGCCCAGACAGCUUUGCGUUUCAGUAUCCGCCCAACAAUCCCCCGUGGUUUAGCAGGAUCCCACCGCAGACCGAUAUCCUCGUAACUCAUUGUCCUCCAAAACAUCACAUGGAUCUCGGUCUCGGCGACCCCCAUCUUCUCCAGGAAGUCUGGCGCGUCAAGCCUCGUCUCCACGUCUUUGGCCAUGUCCACUGGGGUUACGGCAAGGAAGCCGUCUUCUUUGAUGAGAUGCAGCUAGCCUACGAGCGGCUGCUCUCUCGACCGCCGCGCGGCCCCUUUUGGGAUUUCGUUCCGAAUGCUGCCUGGUGGGACCAUCUGUACGUGCUGUUGCAUGGUGUUCAUGCUGUGCUGUGGAAGUGGCUCAUGAGCGGUCCGGGGAGCAACCAGGGCGGCUGCUUGAUGGUAAAUGCUUCGCAGAUGUACGGGAGCAACGGCAAGGUGAAGAAUAGGGCUGUCGUUGUAGACAUAUAG